AUGCCUAACAGGAACUCAGUAAGCAUUUCUAGCAUUUCAUCCAUGUCUUCUUCAAAGCACGACCAGGAGAAACAGGCCGAGGAACAAGAGAUGUUGCAAGUCAAAUUGCCAUCGUCGUCGUCGAUGGACCUGCCUUCUCCAGUGUCCGCACAGCCGCCCAAGGCCACCCCAACGGCAGCCAAGUACAAGCUCUCCUCAGCGGUGGUCAUCCCUAUCUGGAUCGCCCUGAGCUCUGCUGUCAUCAUUUACAACAACUACCUCUACAACACCCUCAACUUCAAGUUCCCAGUUUUUCUUGUGACAUGGCAUUUGGGUUUUGCCGCUAUUGGUACGCGAAUUCUGCAGCGCACCACCAACCUCCUUGAUGGCGUGAAGGACGUACAUAUGACUAAGGAAAUGUUUGUGCGGUCAAUAUUGCCCAUUGGCCUCCUCUUCUCCGGAAGUCUGAUCUUCAGCAACACGGCUUACCUAUACCUGAGCGUGUCCUAUAUUCAGAUGCUCAAGGCCUUCGUCCCCGUCGCAAUUCUACUCAUAUCAUGGACCUUCCGUAUCCAAGAGCCUAACAAGAAGCUGGGUAUCAUCGUAGUUAUGAUCUCUACGGGUGUCGCCCUUGCGUCUCAGGGAGAAAUGCGUUUCAAUAUGAUUGGUUUCCUCGUCCAAGCUGCAGGUGUUGCCUUUGAGGCCUCCCGGCUUGUGAUGAUUCAGAUCCUGUUGCACAACCUCAAGAUGGACCCUCUCGUAUCCCUGCACUACUAUGCACCGGUCUGCGCCAUCAUCAACCUCUUCUUCCUUCCUUUCACAGAAGGACUGGCACCCUUCUACGAGCUGCAGAAGUUGGGCAUCUUUGUAUUGAUCAGCAAUGCCUCAGUUGCAUUCUUAUUGAACGUAGCAGCUGUGUUUUUGGUUGGCGUGGGUAGCGGUCUGAUUUUGACUCUCGCUGGAGUGUUCAAGGAUAUCCUGUUGAUCACUGGAUCAGUCAUUAUAUUUGGAAGUGAAAUCACUCCUCUUCAGGUCUUUGGUUACUCCAUUGCACUUGGCGGUCUCGUGCUUUUCAAGACAUCAGGAGGGAAAUAG